ACUCCCAACUUCUUCAGUUUUCUUUUAGGGUUUGCUCUUAGGUCUUUCCUUUCUGCUGUUUUUAUUGUUCUUAAUUUUUUGGAUCAGCCCUUUAUACUGUUCUAUCUAAGGUUUAAUUUUGUCCCUUCAUUUUCUUAGUAAGAAAGGAAAGAAAGACUCUCUUACAUUUGAUAAAAAGAGAGGUAGAUAUAUGGGUCAUGAGAGAAGUGAUAGUACUGAAAAAAUUGAGGAAAUCAUGCUCCCAGGUUUUCGUUUCCAUCCGACCGAUGAAGAGCUUGUUGGGUUUUAUCUGAAAAGGAAGAUUCAGCAGCGCCCUCUUUUGAUUGAGCUGAUUAAACAACUAGAUAUCUACAAAUACGAUCCAUGGGAUCUUCCAAAGUUGGCGACAACAGGAGAGAAAGAGUGGUAUUUCUACUGUCCUAGGGACAGGAAAUACAGGAACAGUGUAAGGCCUAACCGAGUGACUGGAGCUGGAUUCUGGAAAGCCACCGGAACUGACCGGCCUAUCUACUCCUCAGAAAGCUCCAAGUGCAUUGGCCUGAAGAAAUCUCUGGUUUUCUAUAAAGGUAGAGCCGCCAAAGGUGUUAAAACUGACUGGAUGAUGCAUGAGUUCCGGUUGCCCUCUUUGGCUGACUCGGUAACUACAAAGAGAUUCAUGGACAAAACCAUUCCUGCCAAUGAUUCCUGGGCAAUAUGCAGGAUAUUUAAGAAGACAAACUACUCAGCUCAAAGGGCUUUUUCUCAUUCAUUUGUUUCUCCAUUACCUGAAACAUCAUCAACCUCGGUUAUGGCUAACAGUACCAUAGGUUCAGACAGUACUCAACUCAGUUCGGAGAACAGAUCGUCAGUAACAACAAAAACCAGUUCUUCUUCUAUCCAAAUUAAUCACAAUACUGACAUACAACAGACAUCAAGUACCACAUUUUCCCCUUUAGAUUAUCCCUACUUCAAACCCAUCAACCAGAUGGCUGGGAAGCCUCCUCAAUUUCCCACCGGAGACCUAGCAGACCUCCUUGUUGAACCUCUCGAAACCUCAGCUCCUGUUAAAUGCAUGGUGGAUGUUACAUCCAUGUUGCUGAACAUGUCUUCUUCUGUGCUUGGAGAUUACAGUCAUAGCAAGGUGUCUGAUGAGAGUAUAGACCUCGUGGGGCACCAUGAACAUGGCAAUGGCUGCUCGGUGAGUUUUCCCCAUGAGAUUCAUGGGAACAUCAGCAAUGGAACGCAAGGGGAUGACCAGUGGGAAGGCGUCCAAUCUAUGGGAUUUCCAUUCAGUUUUCCGGCUGUGAUGAAUAUGGGAUAUGCUUGGAAACCAAGUAAUGUUUUGUGGGAUUCUUCAUCCAGUCCUAGUGAGAUGUCCACAAGUUUUUCAACAACCAAGUGUUACACUUGAUGAAGAAGAUUAUACGGUGAAAAAACAUGUUUGGUGGUUUGAGGUUUUGAGUAAUUAAGUUGUUUUGGAAAAUAUUGUGUUUGUGUCACUCUUUCUAGGACAUGAACCAUUUUUAUAUCAUGGAUCCAAAUAUGAAGAAUUUGAGCUCCACAAAUUUUGAAAUUAACAAAUAUUUUUUAU